GUGAAAGCGGGGCGAGAAGGAAUGGGGCGGAGUGGUUGCUUGUAAUGUCGCGGGGGGUUGGAGUCGCUUUGUUGACGCCGUUCGUGGCUGUGAGAAAGGGGAGGUUUAUGUGGGGGGCCGUUUGCAUUGCGACUCGGUUCAAUGGCGGACGCGGCGGCUGCGUGUGGGAAUGAGAAGGAGCAGGAGGCGUCUCCUCGGGCGGAAAAAAGCAACCGUGGUAUGAGCGGCCUCACGGGUGAGGAAAGCAGAGCCGCAGCGGCCGAACCGGAGGAUUCGACACAAAAUGGCGGCCGCUGUGGGAGAAUCAGAAGCAGUGAGAAGCCGCUGCUUGGGGCUGCCGCUGCUUCUAUAGAGGACAGGAACUCCCCUGGCCGUGGCUCCUGCAAGAUGACCGUCUUUGCGGCUCACGAGCAGUCGCAGCAGCAGCCGAACGACGGGCUGGGGGUCUCGCUCCCCAAAGCCCCUGAAGACCUGCCGCUGAAGAGGAACUUUCAGAUCCCCAGGAAAAGCAAAGAAAGGAAAGCUCUUUUCCAGCCAGUAAUUGAGGGAUCUCGUGAAUUUGACGAUGUUGUGAACAUUUUGCAUUCAGCUUACUUGGACUGUCAUUCAAAAGGCAAUUUUACUUACAGAAAAGCCAGUUUAGUUCAUAGUGAACUGUUGGAAAAGGAGUUCAUAGAGAAACGGAGGGAAUUAAAACGAGAUGGCCGAUCAGAAAAAGAACUUGCUGAAAGUUAUGCAUUUCUGAAGGUUGAUCGUGCUCUGGUGCAAAACAUAUGUGAAAAUGGCUUGCAGGUGGGCCAUUCCAAAAUGACUGUUCUUGGCAGUCCUUCUAUGGGUGUUUAUCUUUCUAGGUUUGCUGAUUUGUUGCAAGCUAAUACUCUAGAUCCUAGAGCAACUGGUGAUGUAAUGAUUUUUAAAGUCAUAAAGGGAAGAAUGAAAAGCAUAUGUGAUACUCUGGGAGUAAAACCAAUGGAUACAACUUCAAAAAGUGCAUUAGAUCCAACACCAAAGCAUGAAUGCCAUGUUUUAAAGAAUUCAAACAAAAUUAAUUCUCUGCUGUCUUAUAGAGCAUAUGAGCGUUCACAGUAUUACUUCUAUGAAUAUGGCUUCGAUGAGAUCAGGCAGAGACCAAGGCAUGUAUGUCCAUAUGCUGUUGUUUCAUUUUCUUACAAGGAUGAGGCAGUUCAAAAGUAUUUGCCCCAAUUAAGAUUGAAGAUCUCUAGCAUGGAUAAGUCAGAUAAAGCAAGUUACACCUUGUGGAAAGGACAGCUUUUAAACAGAGGGACACUUGUAUGCCAUGUUGCUUUGAAGUCAGAAACACGUCCUCUGCUUCCCUGCAAACUUCCUGAAAAACUUGAUGUUGAUAUGGUUAUGAGUAUUGAACAUUUGACAAAGGAGAUUCCGCAAAAAGUGUUCUAUAAAGAAAGCUAUUCGGGAGAAAAGGGAGAAUUCAGAGGUAAACUGUACUGUAGUCUUUAUGAAGUUGUGGAGAAGACUAGCUCGGGAAGUAAUUUAGAAGGUUUGCUUCAAAAGCUUGAGAAAGACAAACUAGUUAUUGUUAAACCACUGGUAGAUGGAGGAUAUCUGUUGCUGCUUUCUCCUUGUCAAAUGGCUUCACCAUAUGACAAUCAAGCAGCAAGACCUCGUACUCUGCAAGCAUUAUUUCUAUUCCAGAAUCAUAGAGAUGUAGCGAUAUCAACUCAAAAAAUUGACCUGAAAAAUGCAAAUACUUCAGUACGGCAGGAAACACAUGUGGUUAUGCCAGACCUUUCCAGAUUUAUACAGUCACUGCAUUAUGCUCUUUUCCACUCUCGUAAAGACCCUAAAUCUCACUUAAAUGUUGCAGUGGAAAAGUAUAUCCAUGACUACCUGAAACGGUAUAGCAAGUUUAAACAGUUCGUUUUGUAUGAAUAUAAACCAACUUUGGAUGAAAAAAGAUUUUUGCAUGCCGGACCAAAAAAUAAAUCUCAUCUUGAUAGCGCCUUAAAUGCCUACAUUUUUGGUUCUGAAGCCUACCAGAUUCCUGUUUCCAAAGCCAAAAAAAUAAUGGAUGGGAAUCGAAAACCUCAGCAAUUUAGCCCUGUUUCGGAUUAUGAAACCCCGGAAGAAGAAUCUGACAGUUCAAAGAGAACAGCUGGAAAAAGAAAUGGGUCUAAAGGUGAAAUGAUAGCUGCUAAAAAAAAGUGUCACUCUGGGGAUGAUGAUGAAGAACGUUUCAAAGAAUUGAUUAAUUUAAUUCAGUGUAAGAAAAAAAAUGUAGAUAGAGAAUCUGACACAGAAGAUAACAGAAGCAAGAGCAGGUCAAAGCGGAAACUGGAAAGCAGUCUGGAAAGCUCACAGAAACGCUUAAAAAAUAACAGUUCUUUUCAGAAAGAUUGUGAUUAUGAUGGGGAGAGAGCAUCUGAAUCACUGUCUUCAAUUAUAGCUGAUCUUGGUGGACGUGAUACUGAUCUGAGACAGCAGAAUGUUUCUGAUCUUCCUGUUGCUGAAAAUAUGGUGGCAAAGAAUUUUUUAUAUGAGUUGUCUGAUCCUGAUUCUCCAUUGGCAAGAUUUUUAAAACAGGCUUUAUCAGGAAAUAAUACAAGGCAACCUUCUGAGUAUGACUCCAUUUCAGUACAAGUCAAAGAAGAACCUGACCUCCCUGAUUCUGUGUCUGUUGAAAAUGUACAGUUUAAGGAUACUCAAAGCUCCAUCAUGCUUGAAACUACUGCACCAUGUUUACCUUAUUCCGCUGAUGUGUCUACUAACGAAGCAGGCAUGGACCAUAUGCUACAUUUAAAAGAAACGAGUGCUGCAAGUGUAAGUAGUUUUGAUGGUUGCAGCAGCCCAUGUCCCAGCACCCCCCUUGAACAGAAAUAUCACAGGCAACAUUCCAACUCACAUAACACUGGGGAGACGGCAAUGAACUGGAAAUUAAUUCCUAUCACAGGAGGGGCAGGAAGAGUUCCUGAGGAGCAACUGAGAGAACAUGGAGAUAACCAAACAGGUCUAAAGUCUCCUGAAGAGUUACUGGCUUAUUCACCACCAAAAGAUGCAUCUCAAGAUGAUCCCCGAGUAAUAAACAGGCAAAAAAUGUCUGAUUAUCCAUUUACUGAAAAUUCAGUGUAUGACAUACAAAAGGAAAUUGAAGAUGGAGUGUAUAUAGAUCAAGAGGAGAAACUUGAAGAUCAACCUGAGUUUGCAACAAACCACUGUCUGACAAAUAAGAAUUAUAUAAGUGGAACAAUAGAAAAAGCAAUAUUGGACGAAUACAAACACUUCACCAACAAGAUUCAUGAAAUUUUGGAACAGAAGAAUAUUAUGUAUGUAAGUGGAGUACCCAAACCUGUCUUCUCAGCCAAGAAAAGGUUUAUGAGAUUUUCACAAUACAUAUGUUUACAGGCAUCUGAAAUCGCUGUCCAAGGAUAUAUAGAAGGACUGAGUGAAAAGCUGAACAAGGUUGCUAUGUCUUCUUGUGGCAUUGUUAGUUCACCAUACACUUGCAGUUCUGAACCAACAAAUGAUUUGAUUAUGGACACUGCGUUGAAUCUGUCUACAGAAGAGUCUGUGGUAUCUAUACCUGCUGCAAGUGAUUUUGAUACGGACCUGCCACCAGACCCAGUGGCUAACAAUACAAUGGAAUAUUCCAGCAUUAAUGAACAGAUACCUUUGGUGACCCUGGACACUGGAAAAGAGCAGAGUUCGGUGAGAAUCACCACAGAGGCAAAAGUGGCAGCUGAUGGAAAUACAUCUAGUUCUGAUCCUUUGCAACAACUGGAUAAACUUCAAAAGCCUACAGAUGAUGUAAAAAUUACAAGUCAGCCAGCCCUGUCUGACUUGAUAAGCAACAUAAAACCUGAAGUGUUUGAUAGCAUUGUCAAAAUUAUUAAGGUUGUACAAAACAACACUGUGAAAUUCUACAUUCAUGAAGAACAAGAGAGUAACCUUUGUAAAGAACUAAAGGAAUAUCUUAUUAAACUAGGCAAUACAGAGUGCCAUCCUGAACAGUUUUUAAGAAUAAGGGCUGACUUGGAUAAAUUGCUUAUAAUUAUCCAAAAUGAAGAUAUUGCCAGUCAGAUUCAUAAGAUACCAUGUUUAGUUACCCUGAAGAGGCUAUCCUGUGUCAGUUUUGCUGGUGUUGAUAGUCUGGAUGAUGUGAGAAAUCAUACUUACAAUGAAUUAUUUGUUUCUGGUGGCUUCAUUGUCUCUGAUGAAUCUGUCUUUAAUCCAGAACUCAUUACAGUUGAGCAACUUACCCAUUUUCUAAAGUUUCUUGAAGAGAUGAGUACUCCAGAUGGAAAGUGGCAAUGGAAAGUUCAUUGUAAAAUACAGAAAAAAUUGAAGGAACUUGCAAGAAUAAAUGUAAAUACAAAUGCAAAUGACUUGCUGACACUUCUGAAUGCUUAUCAAAAGAAGCACAUGGUUGAAAUUCUGUCAUACCAUAACUGUGAUUCUCAAACUCGAAAUGCUCCAGAACUAGACUGUCUCAUAAAUCUUCAGGCUCAGAAUUUACAACAAAGGCACAUUGUCUUCCUUACAGAAAAGAAUAUUCAAGCAUUUGGAACUUAUGCUGAUAAUGGAAUAGUGGUUACAACAGUUGAUAACUUCAUGCAUAACUUUAAAAGUCUUGUUGGCUACCAUAAAUCAGUAACUGAAGAAAACAGCUCUCCUCCACCUGUUGAUCAUGACAGACAAUCAGUUCUUGUAGAAAACGAUGAGAAGGAUGAGGAGGACAUGUCUUUGGAUUCAGGGGACGAAGCCUCACAGAUAGAAGUGUGCAGUGGUGUCUCAAAGCAUGAUUCCCAUUUGGAAGCUUUGCGAACUGAGACCAAAGGAUUACGUGGAGCAGACUGCAAGCGGAACUCUCAGCUUAAUACACGACUGUCUGCUGAAGGACACAUCCUUGUGACAGAAAAGACUUCUAAAAUGGAUGUACAAGACAUACACCUAGCUACUCCAGUUUCUACAACCUGCUCUACUGAAGGAGAAAAAAACAAUUCAGCUGAACAAGUUCCUUUCAGUAACUUUCAGAUUUACAAUAGACAGUUAAGUGUGCCCCAUCAGUUCAGUCACUUUAAUGUUCUCACUCAUCAGACAUUUCUAGGAGCAACCUAUCCAAUACCUGCAAGUCAAAACCAAGAAGGAGGAAAUUACUUCCUGACUGCUUACAGCCAGAACAUGGACAUGAACCAAUCUUCAUCACCCAGGCCAUAUUCAAAACAGAAUUAAGCAAUGCUAAAUUUUUUUAUAAGUUGUUGUGAAUUUUCUGUUACUUUUAAAAAAAGCAAUUUAACAGUUUCUAUUCCCUGAUCAAAACAUUUCCUGUCUCUUUUCUCAAUUGGUUGUUCUGUCUUAUUUAAAUCAUGAUGGCCUGUACCAGUUGAAGCACCUGGAGUCUGAAAUAAAUAUAUAUUUUUUAACAUUUAUUGUACUUGAAUGAACUUGUUUGUUGAUACUUCUGAAUUUUUACAUUUUGUAUUUGACCUGUAAUUGAGACUUCUAUUUGAAGUCUGUUUUAAUGUAAACAAUAUUGGCCUGAAGCAUAUGUGAAAUGCCAAGACUUUUAAUGGCAAAAUGUAACAGGAUAAGCAACCCAUUUUUUUCUUUAUCAAAGCUUUGAUGUACUCAUUUGACAGUUUUGUACCAUGAGCUUUGCAUAGCUAUACAGGCAGUUUUAGUUUAUUUAGAAAAUAUCCCGGAUUUUUGGCAGUAUACCUCAGUUAGAACAACCGGUGAAUGGUACAGUUCCAUUUUGAAAAUAAAAUUAUCUAAACAGGG